CAAUCAACGAUGGCGCAGCGGAGCAUCAUCAUUGUUGGGCUAUUUUGUUUUUAUAUAUAUGGCGAUGGCUUGCAUUGCAAAUGCAUGGAGGCACAUGCAAACACGAACACGAAGCACUAAUGGAGAGCAAGCAGGGUGACGAGUCCCCGGCAGUGACCGACGACGACGUCUUCCCGGCGAACUUCGCCGAGAUCGUGGCGUCUCUUCCAAGAGGGCCACCGUGCUCGAUUUUUCCUUCCGUCCGUCUGUACCGCGGGUUCUGGGUCCCCACCGGCUUCCUGCUGAACCUCCCGAGAGCCCACGCCUUGUUCGUGGAGCGCCGGCCCGCCGACAUCCUCCUGGCGAGCUUCCCCAAGAGCGGCACCACCUGGCUCAAGGCCCUCGCCUUCGCCACGGCGCGCAGGUCCGUCCACUCGCCGCUCAACGGCGCCGCCGGACACCCGCUCCUCUCCAGCAGCUCCCACAACUGCGUCGCGUUGCUCGACAUCCUAGGGUUAUUAGAAAGCAACGACGAUGACGGCAACGACGACACGAUGGCGCCACCGCCGCGUCUCCUUAGCACGCACUUGCCCUACUCCCUGCUCCCGAGACGCGCCACGGCGGACGGCGGCGGCGGCAACAGCUCCGGGUGCCGGUUCGUGUACAUCGCCAGGGACCCCAAGGACACGCUGGUCUCCGCGUGGCAUUUCGAUGCAGGUCUGCGGAGGUCGGCGGCCGCAGAAGGCCGCGAAGGAGGAGGAGGAGCUGGCUUGGAGUUCGAGGAGGCGUUCGAGCUCUACUGCCAAGGUCAUGGCGGGAUGGCCCCGCAGUGGGAGCACGUCCGCGAGUACUGGGAGGCGAGCAAGAGGACGCCAGGGAGCGUGCUGUUCCUCAGGUACGAGGAGAUGCUGCAGGACCCGGAGGGCAACCUGAAGAAGAUGGCGGAGUUCAUGGGGUGCCCGUUCUCCGCGGCGGAGGACGACGCCGGCGUGGUGCGCGCCAUCGUUGAGCUUUGCAGCCUGGAGAAGCAGCGGAGCCUGGCGGUGAACAUUACCGGAGCUUACGCCAACGUUCUGGAGGAUGUGGUGGUGACGACCGCCGUCGAGAACAAGUAUUUCUUCAGGAAGGGGAUCGUGGGGGACUGGAGGAACCAUAUGACACCGGAGAUGGCAGCAAGGUUGGAUGGCAUUGUUGAGGAGGCACUCAAGGCAUCAGGAUUUACCUUUGGGGUGCAUCAAUACAAGUAAUUGGCAUGGCUACACCUGUGCUGUGCUCUACCAUGGUCGCCGGAGUUGAAGCCAGAGAAAACCUCAAAUCCCAGCUUCGCCUAUGUAUCGCUUCUCUUAUUAGCCGUACUUUUUCUACCAGUCAGCAGUGUUUUUCUCUCAUAAUAAAUCAGUCAGCAGUAAUUUCAGUCA